AUGCUUACCUGUUAUAAUCGAUCUUGUGGCAAGGAAUUUGACCCUUCAAGCAAUGAGGACGAUUCCUGUACAUUCCACCCUGGGGUACCUGUGUUCCAUGACACCAUCAAAAAAUGGUCAUGCUGCAAUAAAUCAAGUGUUGACUUUACUGUCUUUCUUGACAUUCCAGGUUGUACCAAAGGAAGACAUAAUCCCACUCCACCCACAAAAGAAGUUUCAAAAUCAGUUGAAAAAGAACCACUAACAGUUCGCCUUCCCAAACCUAAGGACCCACCUCCACGACCCUCUGAAGAUGAACCUAUCACCAAAUUAAAAAUGACUGUCCUCGACAACUUGAAAGAGAAGCUUAAUAAUUUAAUGGCAGACUUAAAGAUCAAUGAUAAAAGAGGUGAUUCUAAUGAUAUAACUAUUGGAACUCCUUGUCAAAAUUCUAGUUGUAAACAGUCGUAUGAAGGGGAACAUUCAAACUCACAAAUUUGUGUUUACCACAGUGGUCAGGCUGUGUUUCAUGAAGGGCUAAAAUAUUGGUCAUGUUGUGAGAGGAAAACAACAGACUUCUCCUCUUUCCUCGAUCAACCAGGCUGUGAAACUGGUAAACAUGUGUGGAAAAAACAAGUGGCCACAACAGCUAGCCAAUGUCGCUAUGAUUGGCACCAAACGGGUACGAUGGUCACAGUGACAAUAUACGCCAAAAUGAUGCUACCAGAAGAGUCCUUUAUUGAAACCAACCAAGUGAUUUGCAAUAUUUUUAUAAAAUACGACGGUGGCAAAAAGGCAUUUAGCAAAAAAAUUGUUUUAGGUGGGGUGAUUGACUGUAGUCAAAGUGAGGUUCGAAUAACGUGCAACAAAGUGGAAAUCAACCUUCGAAAGGCCGACUCAUCUGCUUGGACAGCACUUGAAUAUUAA